UUGAUGUUUUCAAUUUCCAAAUUUUAAUGCCACAUGAUGAUCAUUCCUAAUUGGAAUUGGAUUUUUCGACGAUUCAUCUGUAAUAAUUUGAUGAAUAAAUCGUAUGGUAAUUCAAUAUUGAUUCGAUCAUUAUCCAAACAAUCGAACAGCAGUAACAAUGAAAACGAAAAUGAUGACUCAUUAUUACUGAAAGAAAUUGCUAAACAAAUUCGAUUUACCGGUCCAUUAACAGUGAAUGAUUAUAUGCGUUUAGCAUUGACACAUCCAAAAUAUGGUUUCUACAUGCGUCAAGAUGUUUUUGGUGAAAAAGGACAUUUUAUUACAUCACCAGAGAUAUCACAAAUAUUUGGUGAGCUAAUUGCCAUAUGGAUAAUGUAUCAAUGGCAAAAAUAUUCAAAUGGACGACAAUUGGAUAUAAUUGAAUUAGGUCCAGGACGUGGUACAUUGUCCACAGAUAUUGCACGUUCAAUGGAACAAUUUACGCAAACACGUCCAUCAUUGAAUGAUUGUCAUUUACAUUUGAUAGAAAUUUCACCAUUUCUUCAAUCAAUUCAACAACAAAAUCUAUGCAAUCAUAUUCCUAAUAAUAAUGAUAAUGACAAUUUGAAUGAAAUGAAAUCAACAAAACGGACAAAAUAUGGCCAAUCAAUUCAUUGGUAUCCAUCGAUUGAUCAAUUUCGAUCAAUCAACGAACAUAAUGAAAAUCGUUUUCCAAUAUUCAUAGCAAAUGAAUUUUUCGAUGCAUUUCCUAUACAUAAAUUUAUUAAAAAUUCACAACAACAAAAAUGGAAUGAACUUUUAAUCGAUCAUGAUGAACGUGGCAAUCAAUUACGUUGGAUACAAUCAAGAAACGAUACACCGAUGACAAAAUUAUUAUCAUUAAAUGGUCAUUUUGAUCGUAUUGAUUCACCAAAAAUCAAUCAUUUUGAAUAUAGUCCAAUGAUAUUUAUAACGAUCGAUAAAAUCAUUGAUUAUAUCGAACGGCAACAGCAACCACAAAAUGACUGUAUAUCUGGCUGUAUAUUAAUCUGUGAUUAUGGAUUUGAUAGUGAUCAUCAAAUAGAUCGUGAUACAUUUCGUGCAUAUUAUCAACAUAAACAAUUAGAUCCAUUAUUGAAACCGGGUAUGGCUGAUUUAACAGCUGAUGUUGAUUUUGCUGCAAUUCGUCAUUAUGUUUCUGAACGGAAUGUAAAGAAAAAAAAUGUAAAUAUCAAAUGUUUCGGUGCAAUUGAACAGCGACAAUUUCUAAGCCAAAUGGGAAUUGGAUUUCGAUUAAAGCAACUAUUACAACAACAACAACAACAAUCAUUUAGCCAUCAAGAUAAUAACAAUACAGCUACUACUGUACAACGACAAAAAGAAUUGAUUAGUUCAGCACGAAUAUUAAUGGAUGAAAUGGAAAUGGGAAUUAGAUUUAAAUUUAUGGCAAUUUUUAUCAAUGGUCAACAAAUGGAUGGCGAUGAUGAUGAAAAACCGGUCGGAUUUUGGUCAAUGGAUAAAUCGAAUGAAUGAAUGAAUGAAUGUGACUCAUAUGUGUAUCAAAAUCUAUUUUUCUUUUUUCUUUUCACUUAUUUGACUCUUUCUUCUAACACACACACACACACGCACACACUAUUGUUGACUUUGUUUAAUUUAUUCGAAAAAAAUUUUUUUUCUUUUCAUUCAUCAUCAUCAUCAUCAUUAUUUGUAUGAUAAAUUUUUAAAUAACUCUAGAUGUGUGUGUGUGUGUGUGUGUGUGUGUUUUGAAUGACUUUUGUCCAUUUUUGUAUGUGUGAAUGGUCAUCAAAGAGUAAGAUAAUAA